UAAUGCAUUCAUAUUGAGAUAUAUAUCGUAUUACAUGUGGCAAUUUUACCUACUUCCGCCUAUCAAUCUUUGCCAUUUCCGAAUAGACAGUGAACUGCUGCAGUAACUUUCAUCUGCGGUGAAGAAAUGGAAAGAAUAGAUCUGCCCCCUGUGGGCCCCACAGAUCUCCCUCUGUCCCUGCUGGAGAUGGGUUGCUCUGGUAGGUUUGAGCUCAUCACACAUCCAUAGCCCAACGACCAGCCCCUGUCUCCACAAACCACGCUCCCCCAUGGACUCCCACCCACCAGUGUGGGCUUGGAGACAGAGGUAGAGAAGCGCUUUCUAUGCGACCCUGCCUGGCUUCCCAUACACGAUACCGACGCUGCCUUCCACAGGUUUCUGAAGCUAGCUGAGAGAGACGUUCAUGUAGACUCUCUUCUCCAUUGCGCUUCGUCUCCUCUACACUCUGGCAUCGUAGUAGUCAGAGAUCCAACGACAGGAAUGCUUUUGGACUUCACUGAGGUGUUACUUGGGGACACAGGCAUCUCUGCUAAGAAUUAUAUGUCCCUGCAGCGUCCACCAAACCCUAAUCCCUCUGAGAGCCUCCGAGGAAGCAACACCAACUACGCCUUUAUGCCCGGCGGUAUGGAGGAGCUGACACUGGAACAAAUCAAGAAGAAAUCAGAGCUGGAGGAGGACAUAGACUUUGAGAACGGGUUACUCACAGUGCCCCCUGGACUUAAAGUUGGGAUGGACUUGCACUACAUGAUCAAAACCUCUCUCUAUUGUAGGUCCAUGCUCUAUAACGGUUCAGAGGUCAUCAGAGAUUUAGAGUGGGUGAUCUUUGAUGAGGUUCACUACAUCAAUGAUGCUGAGAGAGGAGUGGUGUGGGAGGAGGUCAUGUUACCUGAUCACGUCAGUAUUAUUCUGCUGAGUGCCACUGUCCCCAACGCAGUGGAGUUCAGUGAGUGGAUCGGGCGCAUUAAGAAGAAGCACAUCUAUGUGAUUAGCACAGCGAAGAGACCUGUGCCUCUGGAGCACUACCUGUACACAGGCAACAGCACCAAGACCCAGAAAGAGAUGUUCCUACUGCUGGACGCUACAGGCAACUUCCAAACCAAAGGGUACUAUGCUGCAAUAGAUGCCAAAAAGGAACGUACCAGUAAACACGCCCAGUCCUUUGGGACGAAAAAUACAUCUCAGAACACUACACCCAACCAGGUCCGGGCGGUAUGGCUUUCCCUCCUCCACUUCCUGUCCCAGCGCCAGCAGACCCCCGUGGUGGCGUUCACCUUCUCCAGGACGCGCUGCGACAACAACGCCCGCUCUCUAGCCUCCAUGGACCUUACCAGCUCGGUGGAGAAGAGCGAGAUCCACUCCUUCUUCCAGAAGAGCCUGAGCCGCCUCAGGUAGGGUGCACUCUGGCUGGGACCGAUCCUGUUGAUGAGGGACCAGCUGAAGAGGGGGAUCGGCGUGCAUCACAGCGGCAUCCUGCCAAUCUUGAAGGAGGUCAUUGAGAUGCUGUUCUCGCGGGGGCUAGUAAAGGUGAGUUCUGUUUUGUUUGAGACGUUUGCUAUGGGUGUGAACAUGCCUGCAAGGACAGUGGUGUUUGACAGCAUACGGAAACACGAUGGUACCGGCUUCAGAAACCUGCUGCCUGGAAAGUAUAUCCAGAUGGCUGGUAGAGCUGGUAGGAGAGGUCUGGAUGCCACAGGCACUGUCAUCAUCCUCUGUAAGUCAGGGGUACAUGACAUGGGAGACCUACAUGUCAUGAUGCUGGGGAAGCCCACAGUGCUGCAAUCCCAGUUCAGGCUGACCUACACCAUGAUUCUCAACCUGCUGCGUGUGGAGGCCCUCCGAGUCACCGACAUGAUGAUGAGGAGUUUCUCUGAGAGCCACAGAGACACACAGGCCCAUGAGCAGCAGAUAGGUCAGUUGAAACAGACUCUGUCCUCUCUCCCGCUUCUGGACACGGAGGGUCAGCUGUCUGACCUACUGCCAUACUACUACACUGUCACUGAGCUACGCAUCACCGCUGAGGCGCUGCAGUGUGAAGUUCUGGGGUCUGUGAAUGGGUUGAAGGCUCUCUCCGUGGGACGGGUGGUAGUGGUCAACAACAAACAGCACUUCAACGCCCUCGGAGUCCUACAGGUGUCCAGCGACUCAGUGAAUCGUACGUUUACUGCUCUCAUCAUCUGUGAGAAAGGCAACGAAGAGGGAGGAGGGGACAGCCCCAACGCCAGUGCCUUCCCCCAACUCUACAACACUGCCCUCUUUAUACCUGAGGGUCCCUGCAGUCACACGGUCCAGAAGCUGAAGCUACAGGACGUGUCAGCCAUCACAGUCAAGACCCUGAAGGUGAUCCCUGACCAAAUUAUUGACAACUAUAACAAGAGGCAGCAGCCGCGCUUCAGGCUUGAUCCUCCGGGCCAAGCCAUCUCCACGGCAUCCCAGGAGCUCCUGCGAUUGGCGGAGGCCAACCCAGGCGGGGUGGUGACCCUUGACGCGGUGAACGACCUCCAGCUGAAGAGUGUGGAUGUGGUGGAGGGCACCAUGAGGCUGCGCGUUCUGCAGGACAGCCUCAAAGACUUCAACUGCAUCCACUCACCCACCUUCUCAGAACAGUUUCUGCGGGUGCAGGAGAGGAUGGGUGUUCAGCAGGAGCUGGACAAACUUCUCUUCCUCAUCUCAGACCAGUCCCUGUCUCUACUGCCAGAGUACCACCAGAGAAUCAAGGCGCUCCAGUCCCUGCAGUACGUGGACAGUAGCGGUGCGGUGCAGCUGAAGGGCAGGGUGGCCUGCCAGAUCAGGAGCCAUGAGCUGCUCCUCACAGAGCUACUGUUUGAGAACGACCUGAGCCCCCUGGCCCCUGAGGAGAGCGCCGCCCUGCUGUCCUGUCUGGUCUUUCAACAGAAGACCCAGGUGGAGCCCCACAUCACCAACACACUGCAGGAGGGUAUUGAGAGAGUGCUGGCAGUGGCCCAGCGUAUUGGGGAGCUGCAGAGGGACUGUGGGAUAACCCAGACAGCUGAAGAAUUUGUGGCCCAGUUCAAGUUUGGCCUGAUCGAAGUGGUCUACUGCUGGGCCAGAGGCAUGCCAUUUGCAGAGAUUGCGCAGUUAACAGACGUCCAGGAGGGCACAGUGGUGCGCUGCAUCCAGAGACUAGACGAGGUACUGAAGGAGGUGCGCCAGGCGGCCCGCAUCGUGGGAGACUCGGUCCUGGGCAGCAAGAUGGAGAAGGCCUCCCUGGCCAUUCGCAGAGAUAUCGUGUUCACCGCUUCGCUCUACACACACUGAGAUGGGGAGGGAGGGAGGGGAGGGGAGGGGAGGGGAGAGAAGCAAGGGAAGAGGGAGGGUGUAGAUAGUGUUUGUAUAGUAGGUAAAAGAGUGUGCCGAGGGAAGGAAGGAGGGAGUGGAGAGAGAGAGAGAGGGAGGAUGUAGGUACUGUAUUGUAGGUGAGAGAGUGCCAAGGUGCCUGAGCCAAGUCCGAAGCUCGAUCAGUGUGUGAGCAUAGUGGAAGAGAGGGUGAGUGUGUGAGGGAGGGAUCUGUGUGUGCGCGCGCGUGUUUACGUGCGAGUAUGUAUGGUUAUACUAUUGUUUACGUGAGUCCUAAUUAAAUACAUGGAAAGGGAAUGCUCUUAAACAAAUCAGACCAAAGUAGUAAUGAUAGAUAUGAAUGAACUUAUUUGUAAUUUUUUUGUACAGUAAUAAAAUCCACUGUAGACUA